AUGGUGGAGAAUCAGUGCAACGCGGGACCAGUGAAAGCGUACAUCAUGAGUGAUUUGCUGAAGAAGUUCGAUUUUGAAACGACUAAUGACUUUGUCAAGUUGACUGUUGCUCUCAUCGGCUUCUAUAUGGGCAUGUUUUAUCUGGAGUAUGUGGACACCGAGUACAGUUUGUGGCUCACGUGGUUCCUGACACCGGUGAUCGUCACCUUCCUGCUGCCCGCUGUCAUUAUCGUUCUCAUUUACAUGAGCAGUAUUAUCUUCCAUCUCUACAGGCUCUACAGAUUGCGCGUCGUUGAUGGCGUACAGGGUGACUGGCGACAGGCGGCACGGCUUGCUAUCUGCGCUCUAUGGGACGCGCACGGAUGGCUGUGGCACGGUUACGAGGUACGAGGACUCGAGAACAUUCCAGACGGCCCGUUUCUUUUAAUCUAUUACCACGGCGCGUUGCCCAUCGACAUGUACUAUUUGAACGCUCGCAUGCUUCUCUUCAAACGCCGCUUCUUCCACUCGAUAGCAGACCGGUUCAUGUUCAAAAUACCAGGAUGGGCAAUGUUGCUGGAAGGUCUGUGUGUUAUCCCGGGCACGGUUCAGACGUGUGUCAGCGUAUUACGUGCCGGCCAUCCGCUAGCGAUCUCGCCCGGUGGAGUUUAUGAGGCUCAGUUUGGCGACCACUACUACAGGCUCAACUGGAAGUCACGGAUCGGCUUCGCGAAGGUUGCCUUAGAAGCUAAAGUUCCGAUAGUGCCGAUGUUCACGCGCAACGUGCGCGAGGCGUUCCGCACGGUGGGCUGGCUGCGCGGCGUGUGCCUGCGCCUGUACGCCUGUACGCGCGUGCCGCUGGCGCCCGUCUACGGCGGCUUCCCCGUCAAGCUCGUCACCCACCUCGGCCGCCCCAUCCCGCACGACCCCUCGCUCACGCCCGAACAACUGCAGAAGAAGGUAGCGAGAGCAAUAGAAGAAAUGGUGGAAGAACACCAAAGGAUUCCGGGCAAUAUACUACUCGCCCUUAUGGAGAGAGUAUACGAAUUUCCAAAGAAGGAGAAAUCUAAACCUUCCGCUAACGGCACCUGUCAAAACAGUGUGCAGAAAGAGAAAGAAGAUAGUAAGUGCGACGAAAAUGAAAGGGACAAAACGAAAGUGUCGUAA